UGAGGUGUUACUAAGAAUCUCUGGCACAGUGACUUGGGCCUUGAGAUCUGUCAUCCGUACAGUGGCUGGACUGAACUCUGACCACCAUGGCCUUGGCAAGGGCCAACAGCCCCCAGGAAGCGUUGCUUUGGGCCUUGAACGACCUUGAGGAGAACAGUUUCAAGACGCUGAAGUUCCACUUACGGGAUGUGACUCAAUUUCAUCUGGCCCGAGGGGAACUGGAAGGUCUGAGUCAGGUGGACCUGGCAUCAAAACUGAUUUCAAUGUACGGAGCACAGGAAGCUGUGAGAGUGGUGGGCAGGAGCUUGCAGGCCAUGAACUUGAUGGAGCUUGUAGACUAUCUCAACCAGGUUUGUCUGAAUGAUUACAGAGAAAUCUACCGGGAGCACGUGCGCUGCUUGGAGGAGAGGCAAGAUUGGGGUGUUAACAGCAGUCACAAGCUGCUCCUGGUGGCCACAUCCGGUUCAGGGAGUCUCAGAUCACCUUCCUGUUCUGACCUGGAUCAGGAGUUGGAUCCUGUCCGCGUGGAGACAUUAUUUGCUCCGGAGGCGGAGUCCUACUCAACCCCGCCCAUAGUGGUGAUGCAAGGAUCCGCGGGCACUGGAAAGACAACCCUGGUCAAAAAACUGGUGCAGGACUGGGCCAAAGGUAAGCUGUACCCGGGCCAGUUUGAUUACGUUUUCUACGUGAGCUGCAGAGAAGUGGUCCUGUUACCCAAGUGUGACCUGCCCAACCUCAUCUGCUGGUGUUGUGGGGAUGAUCAAGCCCCAGUCACAGAGAUUCUGAGGCAGCCUGAGCGGCUCCUGUUCAUCCUGGAUGGCUACGAUGAGUUACAGAAGUCCAGCCGUGCCGAGCGCGUACUACACAUUCUGAUGAGGAGAAGGGAGGUACCAUGCUCUCUUCUCAUCACUACACGGCCUCCAGCUUUGCAGAGUCUGGAGCCCAUGCUGGGUGAACGGCGACAUGUCCAUGUCUUAGGCUUCUCUGAGGUGGAGAGGGAGACGUAUUUCAGCUCCUAUUUUACGGAUAAGGAGCAGUUGAGAAACGCCCUUGAGUUUGUGCAAAACAAUGCUGUUCUCUAUAAAGCAUGCCAGGUUCCAGGCAUUUGCUGGGUGGUCUGCUCCUGGCUGAAGGGGAAGAUGGCGAGAGGCCAGGAAGUCUCUGAGACACCUAGCAACAGUACAGACAUCUUCACUGCUUAUGUGUCCACCUUUCUGCCCACUGAUGGCAAUGGGGACAGCUCUGAGCUUAGCAGGCACAAGGUACUGCGGGGUCUGUGCUCCUUGGCAGCGGAGGGGAUGCGGCACCAGAGGCUGCUAUUUGAAGAGGACGUCCUCAGAAAGCACAGCUUAGAUGGCCCCAGCCUUACUGCUUUCCUGAACUGCACUGACUACCGAGAGGGGCUCGGCAUCAAGAAACUCUACAGCUUUUGCCACAUCAGCUUCCAGGAAUUUUUCUAUGCCAUGUCCUUCCUUGUGAAGGAGGACCAGGGUCAGCUAGGAGAGGCCACACACAAAGAAGUGGCAAAGCUGGUAGAUCAGGAGAACUAUGAAGAGGUGACUCUCAGUUUGCAGUUCUUAUUUGACAUGUUGAAAACAGACAACACCUUGAGCUUGGGGCUGAAGUUCUGCUUCAAAAUCGCCCCCUCGGUGAGGCAGGAUCUGAAGCAUUUUAAGGAACAAAUAGAGGCCAUAAAGUACAACAGGUCAUGGGAUUUGGAAUUCUCUCUCUAUGAUUCUAAAAUAAAGAAGCUCAAACAAGGUAUCCAGAUGAAAGAUGUCAUUUUCAAUGUGCAACAUUCAGAUGAAAAGAAAUCUGGUAAGAAGAAGCCAUUUUCAGUGACAAGCAGGUUUGGUAAGGGUCCUAUCUUGGAAACUGGUAAAAGCACAAGGAAACAAAAGAAGGCUUCUAAUGGGAAAAGCAGAGAGACAGAGGAACCACCAGCCCAGGACGGAGGAAAGAGUAGGCUGGCAAGCAGAGGAAAGGGUAACACGGAGAUGAAUGAUAAGAAGGAUGGUGGGGUGUACGGUCAGGAGGAUGGGGAAGGACAGGGAGUCAAAAAGGGUGGAGAGAUAGUAGAUGAGAUGAAUGGGUAGUAGAGAGAGGGAAGGACAAAGAGACAAAUAGAAAAGAGAAUUACAUAAUCAAGACCAGGAGACUUAGCAUAGCAUCUGCAAUGAACGACUCAUUGGAAGCAGCCAGCCCUUACCACAGAUAUCUGAAGUUUAGCUAGUUAGCAUCCCUCCCUCUAGUAGCUGUUCAGUAUCUCCUGUGGUGUGAAGUCACUUUGAGUAGCCCCUUCGGUGCUAACAUCCAAUGACUAAGACUUUAAUUCUGACAUUAGAUUCUUUUCUAAAUAAAACAAACUGUUUAAAAUAAGAAAGUGAGAAUCACAUACAUUCUGUAAAAUAUAGGCACAUAUGGAACACAUUAUGGGCCAAUGUGUAAAGGAAACAUGCUUUGGUAUAAUGGAAAGUCCUGUUGACUCUGUAUUUGUAUUCAAGUGUUGCUUAAAUAAAGAGAAGCUUCCCAUUCUUUCUA